UUCUGCUCCCAGACUGACUGGUGUGAGACAUUCAAGCCUAAUCAUGAGCAAAAACUACUUGUCCAAAAACAAUGAGCUCCACAAGGGAGACUACCUGAUAUCCAACAACAAGCAGUGGAAGGCUAUCUUCCAGGAUGAUGGUAACUUUGUCAUCUAUGGCUGGAAGCCUGUAUGGGCUUCUGACACUUACGGAUCAGAUGUUUCCCGCCUGUGCAUGCAGGAUGACUGCAACCUGGUCAUGUACAACAAGAAUAACCAACCCAGGUGGCAGACAAACUCACAUGUUGGUGGUGACAACCCCUGCCGUCUUCACCUGAGCGAUGACGGCAAACUGCGGGUGUACAAGGGCUCUGACGAACUUUGGAGCUCUGCUAUGAACCACGGCAUUAAAUGAUGACAAGUCUUUUAAAAUUGAAUGCAAUGAAAGUUCAAGUCAUCUUUGGAUGUCAGAGUGAAUUACAGUAAACCUGCCUGCUGUGUAAUCUGGAAUCAAAUAAAAGCCAAUUUAAUAGUA